AUGGAAGCCUUACCCUUACUGAAUGACGAAUACCUAAAAGAUCGUGAUCCUAAAAUCGAUUGUGUUGAUGAAGCUGCUAAAAGUGUUGUAAAUAUUAGAUGCAUAGAUUAUGAUGAACUGAAUUUAACAGAUAAAACAAAAAUCAAAGGCUUACCUGAUAUACUAUCUGAUGAAAAUGUGCCGAAAAGGAGUUGUGGUGUCUACAGUGAUAAAAAAGCAUUGAUAGUAGGAAAAUUCAUGAAUAAUGAUGUUGAAAAUCAUCUGAAUUUUGAGAAUAAAGCAAGGUGA